UGAACUUGAGGAGCCAGUCUGGGGCCUAGGCGCAGACGCAUUGAGCUUAAGCAGCCGGUGAUGGCGGCAGCAGCCCUACAGUCUGCGGCGGGUCCGGGCCCAUGAGGCGACGACGGAGGCGGGACGGCUUCUACCCAGCGACUGACUUCCGACACAGGGAAGCUGAGGACAUGGCAGGAGUGUUUGACAUAGACCUGGACCAGCCAGAGGAUGCAGGCUCUGAGGAUGAGCUGGAGGAGGGGGAAGCGCUCAGCUGUUAGAAGUGACAGCUGAAAACUUCUGUCGGGAGUAGCACUGCUGUGACAGCCACCAGGAGUUUUAUUUCGGGAGCAAGGGGGCUCUGCUGCAUCUUCCAGGGGUCAGUUAAAUGAAAGCAUGGACCAUGGGGGAGUUGGACCAUAUGAACUUGGCAUGGAACAUUGUGAGAAAUUUGAAAUCUCAGAAACUAGUGUGAACAGAGGGCCAGAAAAAAUCAGACCAGAAUGUUUUGAGCUACUUCGGGUACUUGGUAAAGGGGGCUAUGGAAAGGUUUUUCAAGUACGAAAAGUAACAGGAGCAAAUACUGGGAAGAUAUUUGCCAUGAAGGUGCUUAAAAAGGCAAUGAUAGUAAGAAAUGCUAAAGAUACAGCUCAUACAAAAGCAGAGCGGAAUAUUCUGGAGGAAGUAAAGCAUCCCUUCAUUGUGGACUUAAUUUAUGCCUUUCAGACCGGUGGAAAACUCUACCUCAUCCUUGAGUAUCUCAGUGGAGGAGAACUAUUUAUGCAGUUAGAAAGAGAGGGAAUAUUCAUGGAAGACACAGCUUGCUUUUACUUGGCUGAAAUCUCCAUGGCUUUGGGGCAUUUACAUCAAAAAGGGAUCAUCUACAGAGACCUGAAGCCGGAGAACAUCAUGCUUAAUCACCAAGGUCACGUGAAGUUAACAGACUUUGGACUAUGCAAAGAGUCUAUUCAUGAUGGAACUGUCACACACACAUUUUGUGGAACAAUAGAAUACAUGGCCCCUGAAAUCUUGAUGAGAAGCGGCCACAACCGUGCCGUGGAUUGGUGGAGUUUGGGAGCAUUAAUGUAUGACAUGCUGACUGGAGCACCUCCAUUCACUGGGGAGAAUAGAAAGAAAACAAUUGACAAAAUCCUCAAAUGUAAACUUAAUUUGCCUCCCUACCUCACACAAGAAGCUCGAGAUCUGCUUAAAAAGCUGCUGAAGAGAAACGCUGCUUCUCGUCUUGGAGCUGGCCCUGGGGAUGCUGGAGAAGUCCAAGCUCAUCCAUUUUUCAGACACAUUAACUGGGAAGAACUUCUGGCUCGGAAGGUGGAGCCUCCCUUUAAGCCUCUGUUGCAAUCUGAAGAGGAUGUAAGUCAGUUUGAUUCAAAGUUUACACGUCAGACACCUGUUGACAGCCCCGAUGACUCAACUCUCAGUGAAAGUGCCAACCAGGUCUUUCUGGGUUUUACAUAUGUGGCUCCGUCUGUACUUGAAAGUGUGAAAGAAAAGUUUUCUUUUGAACCAAAAAUCCGAUCGCCUAGAAGAUUUAUUGGUAGCCCACGAACGCCUGUCAGCCCAGUCAAAUUCUCUCCUGGGGAUUUCUGGGGACGAGGUGCUUCAGCCAGCACGGCAAAUCCCCAGCCACCUGUGGAAUACCCAAUGGAAACAAGUGGAAUAGAGCAGAUGGAUGUGACAGUGAGCGGGGAAGCAUCAGCGCCACUUCCAAUCCGACAGCCCAACUCUGGGCCAUACAAAAAACAAGCUUUUCCUAUGAUCUCCAAACGGCCAGAGCACCUGCGUAUGAAUCUAUGAUGAAACAGUGCUUUUAUUAAUGCAGAUGCAAAAAGGAAACAAAUCUGGGAAGGGGAUGUGUGAGCAUCCGGCAAGAUAAGAAUGAGAAUCAAAAAGGCAGUCUCAAAGAGUCAGUGUCAUUACCUGGAAUGCUUUCGAUAGAGGAAAAAAUAAACAAUGGAUUUAAAAAAAUCAAUCAAUGGUGCAAAAAAAAAAAAAAAAAAAAAAAACCCACAAAAAACAAAAGCAAAAUAGUAUUGUGGAACCCACAGACACAUCAACUGACUGGUUCCUAUCCUAGCAACAUCUCAGCGUUCACAAGGGUUCUCAUGCUGGUGGCUGCAGACUGACAGUAUUAGGGUAGGAUGUUGCUUCCGAAUCACCGUUGAAGUCUGACGAUGUCAAAUAAGGGUUAUUCUAAUAGGCAAAGUAUGAGAUUGCCUGUAAUACUUGCAACUAAGGACAAAUUAGCAUGCAAGCUUUGUCAAACUUUCUCCAGCAACACGGAAUCAAAGACAAAAGAAACUUAUCGAUUGAUGUUUUACGUGCAAACAACCUGAAUCUUUUUUUUAUAUAAAUAUAUAUUUUUCAAAUAGAUUUUUGAUUCAGCUCAUUAUGAAAAACAUCCCAAACUUUAAAAUGCAAAGUUAUUGGUUGGUGUGAAGAAAGCCAGCUUUUGUUCUUCUCUUGAUGAAAUAAAAUGCAAAUGAAUCAUUGUUAA